AGCGGUUCGUGCAACGCUCACGAACAUUGUGCGGCCUACAUCCGGUGAUCCCGUUACCCGUGCCACUUAAAUAUAUAGUCGUCGCCGCAUACUUUGCAGUACGUGUUCCGAGCCGGCCCCAGUCAGUCGCAUAGUUCCAACCGUCGAAAUCGAUAACGCCGCGUGAACGUGAUUCGGUCUUGUCCCGUGUUCACGCGUACAACCGGCUAAGUGUUACAGUGCACCCGUAGACAAGCGAGCCGUGCAGCCGUUCGCGAUCGCGACCGUGCGUUACGUAUAGACCCCCGGGGGUACCGGUUCGCGAUCAUGGUCAAAGGGCCCGCCGCCGCUGCCACUGCCGGACAGGGUCACUCGGUCGGAGGAGGAGGCUCGCGGAGCAAGAACAACAAGAGCAAAGCGCUCACCUACCUGCUGUGGUUGGUGGGCGGCGUGUGCGGCUUGCACCACUUCUACCUGGGCAGAGACUUGCAGGGCGUGCUGUGGUGGUGCACGUUCGGCGGAUACUUCGGGUUCGGGUGGCUCAGGGACGUGUUCUACAUCGGCGAGUACGUGGCGGACGCCAACCGAGACGAAAAGUACAUGAAGAAAGUGGACUACAUGGUUCGAGUGCACGGAAAGCCGCCGUUUUCUACGAUUAGGUUCACUGGCAUGGUCGUGGUGGCCUAUCUUUUCAGUACUGUUGUAUCCCUUGCAAUACCUGAAGAUAACGUCGGAGGACUUAGCUGGCAAUGGUUACACGUAUUUACCCCUCUGGCCGCAGCUUUGGGUGUUUGGGCUGUUGGAAAUAUUGGUCAUGAAACAGGAUCUCUAAAAUGGCCAAUCAUAUCUGCAUACUUAGUCCCCAUGAUUGGCAAUCCAUUGAAAUCAUUUAUUUUUGAUAAAUUUGGUUUCGACAUCGACGAGUCUACAUCAUUUGCCAUAAUGAUAUUAGCAGCAGCAUGGUCAUUCGAUCAUUUUGAAAAACGAUGGAAACCGAUAAACCGAAAAACUCCAGGAAUUUUGAAGCGGAUUUUGAUAAUCAGCAUGUGCUGUCUACUAUACAUAGCCCUGUGGAGCAGUUAUUUAUAUUUUAACGCCAAAGUCACCGAUGAAGAUGGCGAUGAAGUUCCGUUCCACGAAGCAUUAGGUCACUUCUUCAAUUCACCGUGGUGGUUGGACGUGAAACAAUCAUUUAUCGACGUUUGGCAAUUUGCCCAAGUACACGGUUGGAUGGAAACAUGGCGGCAAAUAGUUUCGUUAUCUGAUCCUUCUGGUGAACAGAAUGCUUUUAAGGUAUUGGAAUUGAGAUCGGGAGCUACACAGAUGGAAAUUAAAAAUCAAUGUCGAACAUUAGCUGUUAAGUAUCAUCCAGACAAAGCUAAAGACGAUGAAACAAAGAGGGAAGUACAAAAUCGAUUCUUCGAAGUUCAGCAAGCAUGUGAGCUGUUAUCAAAUAGCAGAGCUAAAAGACGGAGGAGAAAUAAACGGUUCAACGAAGAGCUUUAAAUUGAAAAAUUAUUUUUUUGCUGUACAAAUAUACGAGGUGUGUAAAUAAAGUAAUGAGAUUAAU